GAUUAUUCAUGAUUUUCCACAUCAUCCACUCCCUUCAGGCACUGAUGCUGCUCCAAUCCUAUCGCCCACUACAGCAGACAGGUCGUCCUCGGCGGGGGGGCACCUGCUGUCCCGCUGCUCGCUGCAGUGGCUGUGAGAGCGGAUGAUUAGUGCACAACUGGGGAGAGAAAGGCAGACCUGUUAACACCUGAACGGACCUUAAACAUUAGAGGAUCGCACGCACGCACGCACGGGAGACGCAACAUUACUUUCAGUCCCGGAAAGAUCCAGACAUGAUGUCCCGUGCGCCGGGCGGCGCCAGGGCAUCGUGCGGGACCACUGGCACCUUUUUGUCGGUAUGUCUGGUCUCAGCUUGUCAAGCCCUCCGGAGCUGCGGAGAGGUCCAGUGCGGCGACGGCCAGCAGUGCUGUCCGCCCGUCGUCAACGGGAACGGCAGUGCCAGCUCCGCGGUGCGCUGCUGCAAGCUCCCAAUCCACAUCUUCUUCGACAACGUAGGCUGGAUUACACGGAAGCUGUCGGGCAUCCUGAUCCUGUUACUGCUCUUUGCCAUGGGCUACUUCAUCCAGCGGAUCAUCUGUCCCCGGCCCCGCCGGCACCCUCCGCAUGACCGCAGCGAGGAGCCUUCCCUCUUUCACGGGCACGCAUCGGCGUCCCAGGACUCCCUGCUGGACAGGUACCCCGAGUACAGCCUCGGGGACUUCGCCUCUCCGAACCUGCCGGCCUACGACGAGGUGAAAUAUUUGCCCACGUAUGAGGAAAGCAUGCAGGAGAUGCACAGGGACCGCUCCGAUGAUAACUUGCUUACGGAAAACGAAAGGGACUGUCAGGGAAGGGUGAGAGCGGCGGGACCGAGAGCUGGAGACCAGAGACGGGAUGUCCUGGAGGUGUCAGGACCGCAGCACAGCCCAAGGACAUCUCGGAACUCUGUCUGACGCGGAAACCAGAGAUUGGGCAAAACUACAGAGACAAUACAGCAUUCAUAUUUUAGUAUAAUCAGGGUAAUUAUCUUGCAGAUAUAAACUCAAGUGCAAUUAUAAUCCUGAAUGUUAAGAAUAAAGGAGGAGGCUGGGAAAAUCUACGUGUUUUGUAAGAUUAUAGGGGAUUACUCGCCUUUUGUAUGCAAAUGACCGCUUGGGUUAAGCAAAAGGAGAUUAUAAAGUAAGCGAAGGCGGCUGAAAUUGACGCUCUUUGUGACAGGGACAUCUAAUUUGGCUCCGGUACAAUCGCAUUAAGGUUUUACUUAAGCACCUCAGUUUUCAAGUGGCACCGUGAAACAGUUUUUUCUUCUGUCAAAUUCUCGUCCUUUCUUACUCUUAAUGCUAAAUAUUCUGCUGUUGAUCCCGAAAGACCUCACUUUCUUUUAUUUAUUCUUUCCUUAAUUUGCAUACAAAAGGAAGAGCACCCCCCCCCCCCACUCCACCGCCCCCCUUCAGUAACCUGAAAUGUAGGCUGAAAGAGAAAGUGAAGGGAGGAAUAUCAAUAUUUUAAUACUUUCUGGCCCAAAAGUUUUUAUCAGCCAGCUUUGGAGCCAGUUAAUUUAUAGCUUAUCAGCAUGAAAGCAAUAUUCUCUCAAAGUGACUCCACAGCAUGCACACACACACACACACACACACACACACUUCACUGGGGGCUGUCAUAUGGGCACUUUAUCAGAGACCUGAGCCAUGUCUGAUAUGCCUCCUGCAAAGGCUGAAGCCACAGCAGAGAAGUGCAGUUUUAUUUAUUUAUUUAUUCUCUUAAAGAUGCUCUUAUCCCGGGAGCCUUGCUGCCCCGAGGCUACACGUACGAGUAUCAGUGUCUCCCAGGUUUUGAAUUCAGGAUAAAAAAAAAAAAGAAAGAAAAGAAAACAAUGGCAGAGAUUACAGCUGGCAUGUUGAUAGGGUGUAAGCUGCCAAAUUUGUAUUUUAAUGACAGCAUGUCAGACGAGAUCACAACCGUGUGCCCCAAGCAGAACUGCACGGCUGAGAUGGAAGAAAAGGAAAAAGGCAAGAGGGACAUCCAACAGGAAACAAGGGUGAGACGGAAACAAGAGGCAGUCAUUUCUUUGUUCUGCGAGACUUGUCUGGAGACACACACCAAAAAUACUUCUACAUCUACUUGUGUGUUGACCAAAAGUGUGUUAAGUGUCCCAUGCUGAUUUGCUUUUCUGACUAAUGAGACCAGAAGUGUCAGAAGCAAGCUGACACACAGACACCUCAUUACAUGAGGCUUAAUGGCCUGUUUAUGUGGAUUAAAGUGAGAGGUAUAUUUGCCAUUAACUGGUCAUUAAAAUGCCUCAUUAGAUUAGAAAGUUAAGCUCAUUGGUCAUUAGACAUUACUUUGACAUUUACUGGGCAUGUGGUAAACAGUCACACGAUACUACAUCUUCUCCCAAGAUUUGAAGAAACUCAAGCAUAGCAUUAUUUCUGGGCCAAAAGAAAAGACAAAAAAUUACAGUGAGAAUGCUGCAAGUAACGAUUAAUUUCAUUAUAACCUGUCAGUAAUUUAUCAAGAUUAACAGACUCAUCAUUGGUCUGACUUGUUUCGUCUGACCGACAGAUGAUGUUUGAUUUACCACCACAGAAGCCUCAGAAAACCCACAGAAAUUUAGAUUUGAGAGACGGGAACCAGUGGAUUUUCGGCAAUUUUGCUUAAAACUUCACUUAAAUGAUCAACUCUUGAAUUUAAUCUAAUCUAAAUCUCAUUCCAUCAAUAAAUUAUCUCUACCCACAGCGAAAACAAAAACCAAAAAAAGUGUGGGAGUGUUUUUGGCACGAAAUGUGCAGCUUUAUUUACCCGUCCUUCCUUUAAUUCUUCUUUAAUGGUGCAUGAGCAGACAUAAAGCACCCAGUGUCCCUCAACUUAUUAAAUCAUCUGAUUUAUCUGAGAAGCUCCAGAGUGGUUAUGUGUCAUCAGAGAGACCAAUGCAUACUCAUUAGGACAAGGUAAUAAAAAGCGAGUAAUAGCAAAGCAUUUGUAUUCACCAAAAUGAACCAAAUAUUUAGCUAUUAAAAUAUGGACAAAGAAGAAGAUGAAAUACUGAAGCAUCCGCAUCAGUAAAUGUUUACAAUUAGAGACCCUGAGUUCCUCUAAUGUUCCAGGACACUAAAGUUUGAGUGUGAUUGUGGUGACUUAAGUAAUCCAAUACCGCCGGACUAUGAUGGCAGAGCCACUAGUGCACACUGAUGGGCUUUCCUUCCCAGAGGGAAAACUGUGAGAGGGUGGAGUUUUGGACUUAAAAGCAUUAAAACCAUGCUUAAAGCCCAGUGAUGGGCAGAUUAGGUGGGGUACGUGCUCCUCAAGAUGUCUGACGCCACUUAGCAGUGAUGCUCAAACCAUAAGAGGUGUGAAUGUAGCCGCAGUUCACCGUGAACCAGUUCCCAUACCUGAGCUGUAACAGUGGGUUUGAGAGCGGAGGGCAUGACCGGACUUCUACGGUUCCCAGCAUGAAAAUUUAAUCAGAUUAAAUAAAGCUGGGACAUCCCUCUGCCCAGGAAGGGGACACCGAUAUAGCUGGUUUUCUUCACCUGAAAUGCAGAUAUUACAGAUCUAAACAUAUAGAGAGAGACAGACAGAAAAAGCACACAUAUCAACACAGUACACACACACAUAUACUCUCACACAAAAUGGAUUUGGU